GUCGAGAACGACGCGGCGAACCUGAGGGGGGAAAACGCUGAUGAGCUUCUGACGAUGAGGUCAACAACGAGGCGCUUGAGCUCCUGCCCUUAUCACCCACAAAGCACACAUUUUGGAAAUCUCCCACCUCCCCCACCUCCUUCCCUCCCUCCCUCACUCUUACAAUACACUUCUCCUCCUUCCAUCUACCUGCGACACCCACACGGCACACGAUCCGAAUUCCGCUGCCUGGGCUUCCUCUGCACAUUUCACAGUUCGUUUUCCUCUCCUCGCUCGCUCUUCGUCCGAGGCCUUUGUUCAGGCACCGUGUGAGAGAGAGUUCUGCACGACACCAACAAGGCGCGACACCAUAUCAUCAUCACGACCU